CACUACGCACUUCCGGUUUGUUCCUCUUUCGGCACAACUCGUGACAGCUGUGUAUGUGUUGUUUUUUUAUUUGUUUUUUUUACCACCAGCGGAACUAUUUUAUUGAAUUAACCACAGUCUCCGGUUGUUCUGUGAAUCAGAACUCUGCGGGAGAAACAAACAUGUCUUCCCGAGGUUAUAUCUGCGGUUAAAAGCAAGGACGAACAUCAUGUGGAGAGUUCAAGGUUUUGUGGGGAGAGCUCUGCAUAGAUUCCAUGGCAGCCACACUUUACGACUGACACCGAACCACCAUGUGGAAGAUGAGGUUCUCAACAGCUCAGCCGCUCUUUCUACGUCCAGACUCCCGUCUGACGGCAGGUCUCAGAAGGAGGAGGAUGGAGAAAGGAAUAGGAAGGAGCAGACUUUUCAGUUUGAUUAUGCGAGGCUUCCACGUUACACAGCCCUCGAUGCUGUGGGAUGGGGUGCUGUGGCAGUUCUGUUUAUGCAGAUCUGCAGGAGAGUCCACUCCAGCUUCUCAUCAGGUUCUGAGGCAAGUCCAAAUGCAGGGAGCUGGACAGCGUCCUCAUCCCUGCAGCGGUGUGGCUACCGCGUCCUGCUUGACAUCUUAUCCAGACGUGAUGUUCUUCCCAGAGGAAGGAGUGUGUUGUGUCUCCAGGGGAUGACAGGGAGUCAGAAUCCAGAUCAUUCUUCCACUCAAAGCAGCAGCAACAGUCCAGCCAGCACCGGCCAGCAGUUUCUGACUGCUGACAGUUCCACCUCCGACCACCAGGGGGAGCUCGAACACUCACCUGAAAUUGGGGAGUAUCUUCUUUCUGAAGAAUGUCCUCAGAAUGACACUAGUCCAGAAAAAACAGUGAGGAAAAACGAAGCCACCUUAUCCAAAGAAGAAAAGUUAUCACAAGCAGCACUUAACCUCAAACAUGUGGGGGACAGCAGUAUUCCUGUUAUCCUUAACAUCAUCGGCCUAGAAAACACUAUGGCUGAGAAUUACAGGGAAGCUUUCAUGUGUUUUCAAGCUGCGGCCCAACAGGGCUACAGUAAAGCCCAGUUUAACACCGCCGUGUGCUAUGAAAAAGGUCGAGGAGUCGACAAGGACAUAGACAAGGCUCUGUAUUUUUACAGACAGGCUGCAGCCAGAGGCCACAAACAAGCUCAGUAUCGAUAUGCAAAGCUUCUACUGACCAGCAGAGAGCAGCAGAGUGCAGAAGAGAUGAACACUGUUGUCAACUUACUUCAAGAAGCUGCUGCAGCUGGAAUCACCAAGGCCCAGCUGUGCUUAGCUUCCGUCUACACUCGGGAUCCUGGGAGGAAUGGGGGCAAGUCCAUUAAGUACCUGAAGAUGGCAGCAGAGAGUGGAGACGACACGGCCCUGCUGUUUUUGGGUCAAUGUUACGAGAGCGGCUUUGGCGUGCGGCAGAACCUCAACAAAGCUGCUCAGUUUUACAAACAAGCAGCUCAAGCAGGCAACAAACAAGCCAAGAGUUUACUCAGGCCCCACAGUGACCUAAACACUAAAGCUGAAGAUGUGGUGAUGCGUUCCAUCCAGUCAGCUCCAUGCUUCCCUGUGGCUGACAGUCGGCUCCUACCAACACCCUCCUCCCCGACCACUUCCAGUCAUCCGGCAACCGUUCCACUCCUCCCUCACUCCUGGAGUAUGGGGAACCUUGGAGCUCCCCUGUCAUUGUCCUCCAUGCCCCUUCACUUCCAGCCGUCCCCCACAGAGAAGGGGCGCUGUCAGUGGACUGUAGGAGUAGGGUAGAUAGACAAACAUGAGUAAAAUUACAAGGAGAUAAAGGUCCAUCCAUCCAGAUUUUGUAAAGUCUGGAUGGAAGUAAGGUGGUCAGUUAGUAUUGAUUACAUUAUCUUUUUGCUUUUAGUAACGUUAUCAGAAAAUAAGCUUUUUUGUUAUAAAAAAAAAAAACAUUUUUACUAUGUCAAGGUAAAUGUAAAAGAACUUGGUGCCUUUGGUGUUUUUGCUUCCUUGCAAAAUGUCUUAAACAUGUAAAACUAUGUGUUUAACCAUAUUUGAUGACAUGUCUCUGUGGCUUAAUGGCUUGUUCUGUGUUUCUUGAUGUGAAAGCACCACCAUGCUGCCAAAGUCUGUUGAUUGCACUGUUAAGACGCACCGUUUUAAAUAAAUACACUUUUAGAAAGUA